UUUAUAUAAGAGUAUAACAACUUUUGUAUAAAAUAAUCGAUGUUGGUUGAUGCGAGAUAAACCGAGCUCCAGAAGUUGUGGACUUUGAUUCGAGCUCAUGCUUUUAUGUGCAAUGCAGCUGAACUCGAAAGUUGACUUGCUGGGCUGAUUCUGCUCGAUUACAUCCUAAAUAUUUAUGCGGAUUCGGUUCCUACUCAUUGGGUUUCCGCGUUCAGAGCUGAAACAAGAAUGGCGAUGUCUCGCACAUGGAGACGAUAGCCCUGAGUUCUUCAAACCCUUCCUCCCCUUUACCAGCACUCACCAAAUAAUUGUACAUUUGCGGAGUACAAGCACUCGAGUUCAGGCCCUAGUUUAAAAGCUUGUGCUUCAUUUUUCUCUCUGUAACUACUUGAAGUUCAACCAUGACUUCGCAAGGCCGGAGAGACAAUAACAGUCUAGCAAAACCCCAACAUUUCUUCAAGAUUAUUCUUUCCCGUUGCCUUCGAGACGGGAAACUUAGGUUUCCGAAGAAGUUUGUAAGGAAAUAUGGAGAAGGCUUGUCAAACUUAGCACUUCUUAAGCUUCCAAAUGGUGCAGAAUGGAAAGUAGAGUUAACACAAUGUGAUGGUGGGGUUUGGUUUCAGAAGGGUUGGCAAGAAUUCUUGGAGUAUUAUUCUAUAAAGUUGGGGCACUUGUUAGUCUUUAAAUAUGAAGGACAUUCUCACUUUCGUGUACUUGUAUUUGAUGAGAGUGCAACAGAAAUCGAGUAUCCUUUCAAUAGCUCCCUUGGAGAGGACAAGCUUGAUGCAGAAAUCUUGGCUUCUCCAAGGGAAGAAACCCGGGCUGAUGGUUCUGUUGAAAUAUUGGAUGACUUUCCAAAAGACACAAAAACUAGGGAGAAAUCAUGGUUACCAUGUCCUCGAGCUCAGAAGAUGAUGAGAACCAAUCCUAGCGAAAAAACCACGAGUACGUCGAAUAUGCCAAGAUUGGCUCAACAAAAUUUGCAUUCUACCAAGCAGGAGCUUGAAGGUGCUGAAGGAAUUUUUAUAACAGAGCAAUGCCCAAAAUAUAAUGUCCCAAGGACUCAAACAGUGAGUGUUGAUGAAAAAACAAGAGCUCUUGAAAAAGCAAGUGGCUUUAAACCUGAAAAUCCUUAUUUCAUGGCUGUCAUGCAGCCAUCGUAUGUGGGUUCUAGAAACUACCUGAAUCUACCUAUAAGCUUUGCAAAGAGUUAUUUGAAUAAGAAGGUAGAUGAUAUCAUCCUUCGGGUUUCAGAUGGGAGAUACUGGUCUGUCAAGUACAUUUUCCAAAUGAGUGCUACAAUGUCGAGAGGCGUGUUUGGAUGUGGUUGGAGAGUGUUUGCACGAGACAAUAAUCUGGAAGUAGGUGACGUUUGUGUUUUCGAACUGAUUAAGGGCAUCGAAACUUCUUUCCAAGUUGUGAUUUUCCAUGCCACUCAAGAACGUUGCCCUCAAUCUCCAGGGGAGCUUAAGUUUUCUGCUAAAGGAGAGACUAGAGACAUGCCUAAUUCUCUAAUGCGCCGUCAAUCUCACAUUUUCAAGAAGCAACGAUGGACUGCUGGGAACAAAGCUAGAGCUCUUGAGAGAGCUAGCUCUUUCAAGUCUGAAAAUCCAUUUCUCACGGUUGCCAUGUUCCCGUCGCACGUUUGUAAUAAUAGCAACUUGGCUGUGCCAGGUAGCUUUCUCAAGAGCAGAUAUAUGAAAGAAAGGAGACAGAUAGUGAUGCUUCAGGUCGGGGAUGAAUCAUGGCCAGUGACUGUUUUGAGUACUAGUUCUCGGGUCACCAUGUCUGGUGGUUGGUCUACUUUUGCAAGGGACAAUAAACUGCAAGCAGGAGAUGUUUGUGUGUUUGAGCUGAUUAAGAGUGACGAUGAUAUACUGAAAGUAUCCAUUUUUAGAUGCCUCGGUUAAGUGAUUGCUAGAGUUGUGUUAUAAUUAUAUUCUAGGAACUUGAUUGUAUGGUGGUGGACCGGUGGUAAUUUACAGACCUCAUCUUCUGCUCUUUGAUGGAGAAUGAUCUCAUUGUGAUCAUCGCACUCCUAAUACUUCUAUUAUCUGUUAAUGACUUGAAUUAUAUUUGGAGUUAUCGUCACAAA